ACCCCGUUUAAAUCAGUUUUAAAGGCAGGUAUUUCUGGCAUGCGCACAUUUGGGUGUGACCAAAGGGAGCUUACAGGUGCGCGCGCUUUACUUGUGAACUCAUCGCACUUCAGCACGCAGAGAUCGCGAGAUGCGUUAAUAAUUGUGAAUCAUUCAUUUUUCACGUGAUCCAGAUAAUUAUAUAUAAUUUUCGUUGGUCUUUUUUGCGUUUUUGUGACUUAAACAGCGCACAUUGCAGAACAGCGUAUUUGGCGGUCAUUGUCAGAUAAGUAGCCUACCUACCUUUGACAGCCUCUAAUAUAACGUAAACUGUAAUUAAUGGAUCGUUUAAAGUUGGUUUUACAAUAUUUCCAGUCAAAUUCGGAGUCCAUCUCCAAUGGUAUCUGUAUAAUAUUGUCACUGAUCAGCGUCAAAUUGUAUACAAGUUUUGAUUUCAACUGCCCCUGUUUACCGCAAUACAAUAAGAUGUACGCAAUGGGGGUCAUGUUCGUCCCCCCAAUUAUACUGUUCCUUUUGGGAGUGCUAGUGAAUCGCCAUACAGGGGUGCUGAUGGAAGAGUGGGUCAGACCCUUGGGCAAGAGGUCAAAAAAUCCGGCAGUGGUAAAAUUUCUGCUGUCAUCAAUGAUGCAACGGGCCCUUCUGGCCCCCAUGGUCUGGAUUUUGAUGACACUCUUGGAUGGAAAAUGUUUCAUCUGUGCAUUUAGUAUGAACGUAGACCCUAAAUAUUUUACAGGAAUACCUAACAGCACCGGCCUAGAACUAAUCAAGAUCAUGGCUAAGGUGCCUUGCAAAGAAGAUAUCAUCUUCAAAAACAGCAGUUUUCGGAAAGCUAUAUCACGCUAUGUGCGUUGUUACUCUCAAGCAAUAGGCUGGUCAAUACUCCUCAUCUUCAUUUUUUUGGGUGCUGUGGGUCGCGUCAUCAAGCCUUGCUUCAAUCACGCCACUUUUCUACAGACUCGUUACUGGAGCAAUUACCUGGACAUUGAACAGAAGCUCUUCGAUGAGACCUGUGUCCUUCAUGCCAGAGAUUUUGCCAGAAAAUGCGUGGUUCAGUUCUUUGAGAGCAUGCGAGAAGAUGUGACCGUGAGAAUGCCCCUCUCAAGUGCACUCAGAGCCAGGACAAUCCGUAAUGAAUAUGAAGAGGAAGAAGAAGAGCGUCUGCAUGGUAUUACCAGGCAAGAUCAGGUGGAUCAUUUGCUGCAAACCUGGUACGAGUGCAAACCAGAACUGGAUGUGACCAAGAUGGCCUAUAAGCCCAAAGUAUGUAUCACUUGGGAAGAUUACAAUGGAAAGGCGUUAUUCUCUGAUGUGUGAAAUUGUGAAA